AUGAACCAAAAGCGCACUCUGCUUCGUUCACUGAACAGCGUUCCCGAAAACGGUGCUCUACCGGGUGAGAUAAUCACACGCAAGAAACGUCGCAUUCCCGCCUGGACCGAUCGCAUUCUGUACAUGGCCCAUCGGGAUUAUGCAAUCGACCAUCAUUUGAAUGUGAACCCGAAUUGUGCUCGUCGGUCACCCAGUCCGUCACGGAAAAUCCCGGUCCGUGGUCCGCCGAGCGAAGUGGAACGCAAAUAUCCGUCCGGGAGUUUUAAGACCAAAAUUGCUCAUCAUCCGGAAAUUGUGCUACUUGAGGUACCCAGAUUGUCCUUGAGCGGUGCACUUGCCAGUGAGCAUCACGGUGAUCAACUCCAAAAAUUAACUUUGGAGACCGGUUCGAUUGCGCCGAAGAUUGGUGACACUAUGAGACAUCCCCGUUCAGAAGAUCUAAAAUUCGUCUACUCAAUUAUGAAUCCGCCAACCCUGUUGAAUCUUUCCGAGACUGAUCCGAUUUUGCUCAAUCGUCCUCCGUUACCGGACCAGUCGAUGGCCCAGCUGACUGUACUGACUGCGUUGAAUAAGGCUUUGCUGGAGAAGUCAGAGGAAUCCUGUCCUUCAUUGACUCCAGCCACAAUGCAGGUAGCCAUGUUCGACUGGAUCGGUGUGUAUCCGGCCGAUUUCGCCAAUCUGGAAGAUGAUUAUCUCACUUACGUGUAUGCUCCGCCAGCCAACAGUGGCAGUAGCUGCACCUCCAGCUCCAGCGGUGGGGGCUCAAAGUUUGCGAACAGCAAUGCUGCCGGGGCUCGGUCAUCUUCACCCGCUCACAUAAGCUGCCAUACGGGGCGUGUGAACGCACGAGCCCUGGCGCAACUGAACAAUCAGUCUAUCGUGUUGGUGUAUUGGAGUCGAAAGAAGAAAUGCCCCCAAGGCUACAGCACCCCAAUCUUGGGGAAAGUGGUUUUCUCAUGA